AUGGGUAAGCUUCAUUCUUCAUUAAUUUUCCGUUCAAUUGUUAAUGGCGGAAGGAAUCCUUCUAAAUUCCACUCUUCUUAUUCUUUUAACACCAUUGCUUCCCAUGUAAGGGAAAAGCAAAAAAAGCAUGAUAGUUUGGAUAAUGUUGAUGAUGCUUUUUUUUUGUUUAAUAUGAUGAUUCACAAGUACCCAAUGCCUUCUGUUGUGGAAUUCAACAAAUUAUUAGGAGCCAUUGUUCGAAUGAAACGUUAUGGCAUUGUUGUUUCGAUGUGUAGCCAGAUGGAACUAUUCGGAGUUUCCCGUGAUGUUUAUACUUUGAGCAUCUUGAUUAAUUGUUUCUGUCAAUUAGGUCAAAUUGAUUUUGGGUUUUCUAUUUUGGGGAAAAUGCUGAAGUUAGGUGUUGAACCUACUGUUGUAACUUUUUCCACUUUGAUUAAUGGACUUUGUAAUCAAAGUAAGAUUUCUCAAGCUGUGAGUUUGUUUGAUGAAAUGGUUGGAAGAGGGUAUCAACCUGAUUUAAUUGUUUACAGUACCGUGCUUAAUGGGUUGUGUAAGACCGAGAAUACCGAUCGAGCUGUUAGGUUUCUAAGGAUGAUAGAAGAAAGAGGUUUUGAACCCAAUAUUGUAGCAUAUAAUACUGUUAUUGACUGUCUUUGUAAGAAUAGUUUACUAAAAGAGGCUUUCGAUCUCUUCUCCGAAGUGAAGGAUAAGGGCAUUAGACCAAAUAUCGUUAGUUAUAAUUGCUUAAUUCAUGCUACUUGUAAUUUGGGUCAGCAAAAGGAGACAAGGCAACUUUUGAAUGAAAUGGUGGAUAACAAUAUUUCAUGUGAUAUUGUCACAUAUAAUAUAUUGAUCGAUGCACAUUGUAAGGAGGGGAUGAUUUAUAAAGCUGUAGAUAUCGUUGAUACAAUGGUGAAGCAAGGCAUUGAACCUAAUAUUGUCACGUAUAAUAUAUUUAUUGAUGCAUAUUGCAAGGAGGGGAUGGUUUCUAAAGCUGUAGAAACCAUUGACACAAUGAGAAAGCAAGGCAUUGAGCCUAAUGUUAUCACGUAUAAUAUAUUAGUUUAUGCAUAUUUUAACAAGGCAAUGGUUUCUGAAGCUGAAGAUAUUGUUGACACAAUGAUAAAGCAGGGUAUUGAGCCUGAUGUUGUUACCUAUAAUGCAAUAAUAAACGGCCAUUGCUUGCAAAACCAAAUGGGUAAAGCUAAAAGAGUAUUUUCGUUGAUGAUUGAGAAAGGUUGUGCACCUGAUAUACUUAGUUACAACAUCAUGAUCAAUGGAUAUUGCAAAUCUAAGAGGUUGGACGAAGCAAUGGAACUUUUUCAUCAAAUAGCUCAAAACGGACCAAUCCCUGAUACAGUGACAUACAACACCCUUAUGCAAGGUAUGUGUCAAUUUGGGAGAGUUAUUGCUGCAUGUGAACUUUUCAAGACAAUGCUUGCUUCUGGGCCAGUUCCAAAUCUAGUGACCUGUUUGAUUUUGCUCGAUAGUUUAUGCACAAGAGGUAAACUUGAAGUGGCAUUGAAACUUUUUCGAGCAAUGCAGAACAGUAGGUUGAAACUUAAUGUUGCAUCUUAUAAUAUCUUAAUUGAUGGCUUGUGCAAGGCUGGGAAUAUUGAAGUUGGAAAGGAAUUAUUUCAUAAACUCUCUGUCAAUGGUUUAAAACCUAAUGUUUACACAUAUGCUAUAAUGAUUAAUGGAUUCUGUAGAGACGGAUUGCCAGAUGAAGCAUACCAGUUGUUUAGGAGCAUGGAAGAUAAUGAUUGUUUGCCUGAUAGCUUCUGUUACAAUGUAAUGAUCCAAGGAUUUCUUCGAAACGGCUAUACGCUAAAGGCAACACAACUUCUAUCGGAAAUGGUUGGUAAAGGCUUUUCUGCAAAUUUGUGCACUGCCACUUUAAUUUUGGAUCUCAUCUUACGAUCUAAUAAUUCAAUUUUGGUAUAA